UUCAGUGUUGAAUUUAUAAUCAUACAAUAUUUACUCCAUGGCCAAGUAUUUUGCCAGCUUCGAUGAUGAAAACACAUAUGCUUACAAUGAGUAUGGAGAGUACGAUGACUACUAUCAAGAGUUUGACCACGACAGACACAGCAUGCAUGAUAUUGACCAAGAUGGCUUCCAGAGGCCUUACCACACAGAAUUCGCACAUAUGACUCAGCCACUCACAGAAACUCAGAAACAGGCGCCUUUUCAAAGCCAAGACAAGCUUGCUGGGUUCCACACUGAAGCCAUCGACACCAGUCUGAAAGCACAAACUCCAUACAGAAUCUACAGGAGAACAGUGGCGCCCAAAGUCAAAAUGGCGAGACCCAACUUGACUAGCAAAGAGCGACAGACCAUCAUCAGAGAAAUGUGGAAGCACCUCAGCUCUAAAGAGAAGUACCUUUAUGUUCUUAGAAGCAGAUGGGAAACCGAGAAAGCCAAAUUCAAAGCCAAAACUCUAGAAUUGAAGAGCGAAUUCGUGACCCACAUGAAGACUCUGGACCCCACAGGCAAAGACACCGAGAUUCUGAAGGAGUUCGAGCUGAUCAAGGAGGAAGACUCCGAAGACGAAGAAGACAAAGAAGAGUCUUCGGAAGAAGGAACAGUUCACUAAUUAGUGUGAGUGCAGUCAUGUUUAUGCAGA